AUGACCAGAGGUGGAGAAACUGUUCUUCCUCAUUACCUCAGGGCUUCUACUGGUUCCUGUCAUGAUUUUUGUAAAUAUGGGAGGAAACAUGCAUUAGAAGCAAAGGCAAGAAGCCACAUACUGAAGAGAGUUGUAAAAAAAACCCCUGACACAGAAUAUCUACUAGUCAGUGUAGAUCUGCCAGGGAGGAAGAAGACGCCAGUGGUCAAGCUCAAACCGUCAUCUGACUCCAAAUCCCAUGAGUCUGAUAUCCCUCAGACCAUUAAGCAGGAAGUGCCAACACAAUUACCUGUCAGCAAAAAUCCGACAGAAAGUAAAGUUCUGGCGGAGAGGAGAAAGACAUCAGGGGUCAAGUUUAAAUCUUCCCCACAUGCGAAAACCCGCACAUAUGAUCCCCCGAAAACCAUGAAGCGGGAAGUGUCAUCAUCUUCUGAAAAAGUGGAAGUUUCUUCGAAAAAAGGUUCAUCAAAAGCUAAAAACUUGAACUUGUCUAUGAAGCCGGAAUCUUUGACAGUGAAGCCAAUAUCUUCUCCUAAAUUUUCAGGAGGUGUAAGUAGCCUAAGAAAAGGUGAUGUCAAAAUUGGGAAGCGGGAAGUGUCAUCAUCUUCUGAAAAAGUGGAAGUUUAUUCGAAAAAAGUUUUAUCAAAAGCUAAAAAUUUAAACUUGUCUAUGAAGCAUGCUACUUCUUUGAAGCCAGAAUCUUUGACAGUGAAGCCAAUAUCUUCUCCUAAAUUUUCAGGAGGUAUAAGUAGCCUGAGAAAAAGUGAUGUCCAAAUUGGCAAGACGACUGGGACAUCCAAAGUAGCUGUAAAGAAGGCCCUGCCUUCCCCAACAGCCUCAUUUUCUUUGGAGUCUUCUGUCAAUCGUGUUGCAGGAUUAAAUGAAAGAAAGCACAGGGAUUUGAAAGCUGUGUCCCCUCUUAUGAAUAAGAACAAGAUCUGA